AGAGAUGAUUCCAUUGGCUAUCGACAAGUCACGCGAUCAAAACAUUGCCUGGCAGAACGAGUCGCAGGAAGUGACAUUACCUUAGCGGUUAACACCAGCGAACGACGUCCUUGCCAACUGUCCUGUUUGAUAAAAGGCCUACUAUGCCGCAGAAAGAUCCGUGUCAAAAGCAAGCAUGUGCAAUUCAACAGUGUUUACAAGCUAACAAAUACGUGGAGAGCAUGUGUCAGGAUGUGAUAAGGGAGAUGCGGCGGUGCUGUGAGGCUCAGACUGGAAACUCCGUCUGCUGCUCCGGGUUCAAGGACUCCAAAACCACGGAGAACAAAAGUAAUAUACAUAGCUCCCUGUGGGAUGCUUUUGAUGGGAAUUAUGGUGGAAAGGAACAUUGUAUCAAUAUUUUAUUGACUAACAGUGCAGUAGACUGAGUUAAUUUAGCUGUAUUAUCUAAAAUUGAAUAGGCCUACGAUCUUUUUUAUAGCAAACAAUUUGACAUAUUGCAGAAAGACACAUUUGUAGGCUGGCACACAUACAGUAUAUGGAGUGGAGUGUAACCCUUAUUCAUGUUAUUAAGUCAAGUCAAAUUGCCACACCUCUCUAACACAACAAAAACUUGAACAUUAUAAUGUAAGCUGGCACAUAUUGUAUUUAUUAAAGGGAAUUGUUUUCUCUGGCUUUUCAUGUCAUUGUGUCCACACCCAGAUCAAAAUAUGAGGCACAGUCAUAUUGCAGAUGUGACUUGUUAAAGGCCCUGCACACCCAUGGCAAAUCCACACAGGAUUCAAAUUAUUUUGGCUGAUUACUGUAGACUCAUAGACUGUAAAUGAAGAGAUACCUCUUCCCAGUGUGAUUGUGUACAGACUGUUCUUGAUUGACACCUCGCUGACUCUCCGAGGAGGUGUCUUGUCAUUCUUGUAGAUCUAAUCGUUACUGCUUGUUUGUAAAUGUUUGUUUAUGUUAUUGACCUGAUGUUGUUCCUGGUUAUCUAAUUAAAUUGUUUCAGACAUUUAUAAAUAAAAAAAUAAAAAAUAUUUUGUAAACCUAA